AUGGAUUCAGAAAUGAAUGAAAGAAUGAGAGAGAGAGCAGUUACGGAUAUGAAGCUAGCGUUUGAUGCUCUUGACAUUCAAACAGAUGAAGAUAUGGAACUGUUUGUCAAAGCACUGAACAGUGCAGGGAUCAAAUGGCAGAAUGGACAGAUCCAUUGGAACUCUUUUCGCUAUGCUUUCAGUUUGAACACUUUAGAUCAAAGAAAUCAGCAUGCUACAUUGGUGUCUCCUGAUGUUAUGUUACCUAACGCCCGUUUUUUUAUGUUGGAAUCGACAAGAACUGCACCUAUUGUUGUUCAAUCAAUUAAUCAAGGAAGCACACGACGAGACAGAAGAAACAGAACAAGUAGCGAACAAUCUGGAGUUGUUGAAGCGGAUAACAACUCGCUAUAUUCACAGGCAACCACUGCUGAUGAUUAUGCGACUGAAGAAUCCAUAGCGGAUGAAGACUUUGUUUCUGGUGAGGAACAAAUAAAUGAUGAGGAAGAUGAACUAGAUAGUGAAGAAUAUGAAUAA